GUUGCAGUUCGAACGCGCUGCGGAAAAGUCAUUACAAUAGCUGAAGCGUAGCUCCAUCAAAUCGUGAACAACAAACAGCGUGUUCAUCUAGGAAAAAAGUUCGUUUCUUUCCUCUUUUUUUUGUGUUAUUUAUGUAAUAUGUACCGUACGUAACCACACAUAUAUUCCAUUUUGAUGUACAAUAUUGUAAAUUCGUAAUACGUACUGUUAAAAUAAGAAACAUCUCGUUUAAAGGAAAAUCAAAAAACGAUAAAUUAGAAAAGAAAAUUUUUAAUUUUUUUUUCUUCUCUCUCUCAGUGUGUAUAGAGAUGUGUGUUGUGUUGUGUUGAAAUCACUUUAUUGUUGGACAUGGCAAAUUCGCUACAUUUGAUGUAAAAUAAAUACACAUCGUGGAUAGUUGAUUGUGAACCGGGACGUGUAAUGUGCUAUUUUCAUGAAUGAAAUACUCGGUGCAAUUUUGAAUGCAUUUUUCGGGGUUUUUUUUGCUCAAAAAGGAAAAGUUUUUGAAAAUCUCUUUUUUUUCCUUUGUCUAAUUGAAUCACACGUCGUGAUUUUUGCACACUAAAUUGUGAAAUUAUUAUUUUUUGUGUGUGUGAUACUACAGAAUGUUGAAAAACUCGUAAAGAAAUUGGAUUAUAACAACAAUAACAACAACAGCCCUGUUUAAAUGAAGUUUUCCAGUAUAACGUCACUGUGGUGAACAUAUAGAGAUUAGCAGCCAUUUCAGAGAUGUCUUCAAAGCGGAAAUCACCUCCAACAAAAUUAGAAGGUGGUGGUACAACUAAUGCACAGAAUAACGUCCAACAAUCUCCCGUUCACAUUGAUUCGUCGCCAAUUUUAUCCAAUAAUAAUAAAAGUGAUACCGUACCAUCAACAACAGCAGCAGCAGCAGCAGUUACAAACAUAACUACCAAAUCAUGUUCAUUAGAACGGGGCACACAAUCACCAGCAAAUAGUACGGAUAUUGGCGGUUCCGAACCGGAUGUUGAUAGCUAUCGCAGUUCUCCGUCACCCAUCAGUGAUAUUGACAGAACGGACGAUAGAGUUGAUGUUGAUGUGAAAGUGGAAGAUAGAGCUAAUGACGAAGACGAAGACGAUGAGGCUGAUGUUGGGUUGACGGGUGAUAAUAGUGAUUAUGACGAACCGUGUAAGAAGCAAAGACUAGAAUUUGAUGCAUCGUGGCCAAUAUCUCCAUACGUUUUACCUCCCUAUCCUGUUCUGACGCCACCAUCGCGACGCACUUCAAGCGAAUGCUCAUCGCCGCCAAUCAAAUUGAACAAUUUGAACAACAACAGUUCGACAGCGAAUUUCAACAAGGGCAGUCACAUCUCGGCAAACAAUAGUAAUAACAACACACUAAACCAUAGUUACUUAAACAGUUUAAUGAACAAUUGCGGCAAUGCAUCGCCAACUUCGCACGUGGUCGCGGCCGUAACAACGAAUCACAACAACAAUAAUGCGAUCAGUGAUAAUACAAACAUUAGUAAUUGCAUAACGAGCAAUAGUAAUAAUAGUAAUAAUUCGGCUACUAGUACAAACAAUAAUUAUUUACAUAAUAGCAAUCAUAGUAAUUACUUGAUGUUACCUAAUCAUCAUCAAGAUCUUCACAAUCAUUCUCCGGUGCACCAUCACCAUCAUCAACAACAGCAGCAGCAGCAGCAGCAGCAGCAACAGCAACAACAACAUCAAUCGAUCAAGCAUCAUACCAACAAUAGUAGCAAUGGUAAAACCAGUAGUGUGAGCAAUAAUUUUAAUAAAAAUCUGUUACAAUCAACGUUACAUCAAAAUAGCAGUGGUGUGUUAAAUGUGAACAACAGUGUUGGUUCAGGCAGUGCUAAAAGGACUAUGGACGAUGUAUUAAAACGUUUAACGAAUAAAAUGAAAGGUAGUUCGAUAAGAGAAGGCAGACGGCAACAGCAUCAACAGCAGACAUCACCGUCACCAACAUCGGCAAACAGUACUACUCCAGUCGAACAAAUGGUUAAUUACACUGGAAGCGUACAGGAAAAAGAACGAAAGCUCAACGAAAUGAUACUCCAGUUGCAAAUGUUUCGAGAGCAUUUGUUAAAUCAGAAUAUUGGCAAACAACCCCAUGAUCCCGAAUGGAUUCAGCAAGAGCACCUGCAACGAAUACAACACGAACGACACAUACAAGAACUCCAAAAUCAAAUCAAUGCUCAAUUUCCAGCAAAUGCGAAAAAUGCUCUGCUACCCUUCCUACCCUACCUCCAAGUACAGAAUCCGUAUGGCGUGUCGCCCGUUUGGGACAAUGCCACGGCUCAUCUGGCCCAGAUGACUGCAGCCAUACAAAAUGACAAAGAACAACAUCAACCCACCGUUUCAGCCACAUCAUCACCAUCCCAAUCAUCCGAUCCGGAUGCUCCACUCAAUCUAACCAAACCAAAACUGUCGCCGAUUAGUUCACCGCAUCAGCAUCCGCAUAAUCAUCAAUACCAGCAAUCGCCGACAAUGGCAACCAGUAGUGUUACGAGUACGGCCAAUCAACCGCCACCUCCAUCUAUAUCGGUGAGCAGUGCGAAUUCCGGACAUGGUCAUCGAAAUGCUAGUAGUCCUUCAACGGUAGCCGCAUCGUUACGAUUCAUGCCGUAUUCGAAUAUGACCGCAGCGGCAAUAGGUCACAAAUCUCAUCCAUUUGGCAUGGACGAACCGGAUAUGAUGCCAAACGCUCUGCAUUGGGUGAAUGCACACAAUACACACAGUACGCACAAUAACACCGGCAAGGUACCACAAAUGGAUGAAGACAAGGUUCGACUAGUUCGGCAAGCCCGAUCGAAUCGAAGUGAUCCAAGUGGUGGCAAUGCUCCAGAUUGUCGUAGUUUGGGCGAACGAGGUGGAGGAGCAUCAUCUGGUAUGUCUGAGUCGGGGAAACCCCAUAUCAAACGACCAAUGAAUGCUUUCAUGGUCUGGGCUAAGGACGAACGAAGAAAAAUUUUGAAGGCUUGCCCAGACAUGCACAACUCGAAUAUUUCAAAAAUUUUGGGCGCCCGCUGGAAGGCAAUGUCUAAUUCGGAGAAACAACCGUACUACGAAGAACAGUCCAGACUGUCGAAGCUGCACAUGGAACAGCAUCCAGACUAUCGUUAUCGACCGAGACCAAAGCGAACGUGCAUCGUCGACGGCAAGAAGAUGCGCAUUUCCGAGUAUAAAAUGUUGAUGCGAAACCGUCGAGCCGAGAUGCGACAACUGUGGUGCCGCGAUGGAGGGGAAAAUGUUGCCUAUUUGAAUGAUAUGUCUUCUCCGUCAACGUCGGCAUUGGGUAUGCGUCCCGGAACGCCAUCGAAUGGAGGACCAAUGAGUGGCUAUUAUCCACCGGACAGUUUAUCACCUUCCGGAUUUUCGUCGGAAGGAAAUGCGGCCAGUUUCGAUUCGCGAGACGAUGACUGAGAUGAACUUCCCAGAUGGCCUCCACCAUCAUUUAUGUCGGCUAAUAUGACCUUUUGGUAGAACCGAUACCGAAAGUUGAUUUUUGUGUUACGUGAACGGUGUGUCUAACACGCAUAAUUGAACAAAGUCGUACCGAGACAAUGAAUUUAAUAAAAUGGAUUGCAUUUCGAACAAGUUGCAACGGAUGUGCAGAUAGCUAUUUGUGUUGGCUGUAAUGAUAUUGUAUGUACGCGAUUGAUAGCACACACGAGGCUUGUGAUAAUAUUUAUUCAUUUUUUUUGUUUGUUUGUUUAUGUUAUUUCUGUUGUGUAAAUUAAGUCAAGUCGAAAUGAAUUUCGUUUCUCGUUAAAAGUUGGAAACAAUGCAAACGCAUCGUAACCUCUCCAUAAACUGUAUGCCAUUUCAAUGCCAAUAUGUGUAAACGAUGAUCGACUUUUCGGAAGAGAAAAAAAUAUUUAUUUUUCGCGUAAUCGUACAAAUAUCUUGCCAUGACCCCGAGGCAGAUUGCCAUAGAACAUACUGUAACCCAUAUACCAUAUUAUUUACCAACAAAAUACAAGGAAAAGAGAAGAAGAAACUUUCGGUGCCAUAGAACCAAUUUGUUGAUUGUGCAGACCAAUUCUUAAGGUAACUUUGAUUCUUAGAGAAUUUUUAAAUUAUUUCGAUUUCGUUGCGACGAUGAUGCUAUUAAAAAUUACGACUUUUUUUUACAUCAGUCGAACUCUGCGUCGAACAACAUUUACUUUUGCGAGAGAUAAAUUUUUUGUUUUGUUUUAAUUCACACGCGCCACCCAUACAAUAACUCGUUUGCGUAUGCUAAAAUCGACAUCCGAAUUUAUGAAAUUAACAUAAAAACGAAGACGUGUGCUGAAUUUAAUGGGUUCCGAAGUGAAACCAAAAGAGCAAAAAAAUCCGUUUUUUAUUCGAAAAUAAUUUACUUCGGAAUGAUGUGUCAGUGCCCGACCCGAGAUGUAUAAAAACUAGUGGAGCAAACGGUUUAAUUCUCACACACUCUGCGGCGAUAAUUUCUGAUGAGAAAUGAAGUUUGAUAAAGGAAAGAUACACGAGACUCUUGGGUCUUUAUUUGAAAUCGAAGAAUGGAAUUCUGAUUUGGUCGAAAUUGCCAUCUUUUUUGUGUAUGUACCCGUCAGACCUAUACGACUAACUUCAUUAAUUCAACAGAUCUCCAAUAUUCCAAAGAGUUUGUACAAUAAUUUUACGAUUGUAAACUUUUCGGAAACGUAACAUCCCGUCAAACAUUCGUUAAAUCUGUUACUUCUUUUGUUGAUAAAUUAUCAAACACUGUUUGAAGUCAAAAUCUGUUACUUCAUUAGUUGUGACAUAAAUUUUUCAAUAUAAGACAUCACUAUCCUGACCUCAUCGGUCAUUUUUCUCGUCGUUGUCGGUAGCAGAUGUCAAUUGAAAUAAAAAUCUUAACUUCAGGUAGGUUGUUCAAUCUGUUUUAGUCAGGUGAAGCACAUACCAGGAACCACCGCACAGAGACAAGUCUAUUGUACUGGAUUUCGUUCACACGAAGCAUUUUCUUCAUCUUGAGUUCCAAAUACCAGAGAAGCUGAAAUAUCUCGACCUCGUUUCUGGUGCUGUUCCAAGAUUAUGCAAAAAAGCUUUUUUAUCGAAUUCUAUCCCAGAACUUGCCAGGACUUAUAUUUGGGCGGACCAAAAAUGUCGAAUUCUAUCACCAGAUAGAAAGCCAAAACGAAAAUAGUUUUUCCAUCUUUUUCUUCCCACCUUUUCGUCCAGUUUUGCCAACUUUUCUUAUGAAAUAGUAUACUCAGGCGAAGAAGGUGUAAUGUUUGUAGCGUAGCACAUAGCUCAAAAUACACCUUUUCGCAACAAGUGACGGAAAGGUUGGACAUUCCAUUGCCUUUAUUGCGAAAAACGUUGUAUACAACUCGAUGAU